UACUUUCUUCCUCCGCCCCAAAAAAGAAAACGUACGGCACCUACUUGUUUUCUUCUCUAAAAUAUCUUUCAGACUCGUUGACUUGAGGAACGAAAUUAAAUAGAAGAAAAAACUCAAUUACAUAUAUCUUCCGAUCUCUAUACAAGGUAUGUUUUGUUAAUGGGCAUAUAAUUAUAAAGCGUUGACCAAAAAAAAAAAAAAGUUUUGGGAUCUCAAGGGAGAAGAUGAAGAUCGGCCAUUUGAAGGUUAUGCUUCUGGCUUUGAUUGUGUUGGUGUUAGGGAAUAGUGGUGGUAAAGCUAAUGGAUCAGUUUCUUCGUUUACCUUGAAAAAGAUUAGUGGAAUAAAUGAGAAGGGUCCAUAUUUGGGUAUUGUGAUUCCAAACGCAUUUGAGUUGGACCCUCUUUUGCAAUCUUCAAGUUUUGUUGCUGAUCCACACCAUCCAUUCGUGGAUUUUUCAGGAAGAAGGUUUCGCAUUGGCAAGUUGGAAAGACAAAAGGUUAUACUUGUUAUGACAGGAUUAAGCAUGCUUAAUGCAGGUAUAGCUACACAACUAUUGGUAACUCUAUUCAAAGUGAAAGGUGUUGUCCACUAUGGAAUUGCAGGAAAUGCAAAUCCUAAACUGCAAAUAGGUGAUGUAACUAUUCCAGAGUAUUGGGCACAUACUGGCCUCUGGAAUUGGCAGAGAUUUGGAGAUGGGCCAGAUGAUGAACUGUCCUUGGAAUCCAAUGGAGACUACACAAGGAAAAUUGGUUACCUAGACUUCUCCGACUUCAACAACAAAACCGCAGAGGGGAAGUUUGUUGACAACCUUUUAAACAAUGUGUGGUAUCAGCCAGAAGAAGUUUUCCCUGUUUUUGGACAUCCUGAGACUAGGCAACACGUCUUUUGGGUUCCAGUUAACCAGCAAUACUUUGCAGCUGCACAGAAACUAGAGAGUGUGAAGUUGAGAGGCUGCGUCAACACAACAACAUGUCUACCAAGAAACCCUGUUGUGACAAGAGUGAAAAGAGGGGUUAGUGCCAAUGUGUUUGUUGACAAUAAGGCAUACAGAGAAUUCUUGAACUCCAAAUUCAACGCAACUCCAAUUGACAUGGAGAGUGCUGCGGUAGCUCUAGUUUGUUUCCAGCAAAAAAAGCCUUUCAUUACGAUCCGGGCACUCUCCGACUUGGCCGGCGGCGGUUCCUCCCUCUCCAAUGAAGCUUCCAUCUUCGCCUCAUUGGCUUCCCAAAAUGCAGUUGAUGUUGUAAUCAGAUUUGUUGCCUUGUUGUCUUCAUAGGUUUCCCCACAUAGAAAUUAA